AUGACUCAAAUACAAAAUACAGACAUGUUAAAGCUUGAAAUUGAUAUUGGGAAUAUUAUUAAAACCAAUCCACUACUACCUGAUGAAGUUCUCCCCGAUAUUCCUACAGAAAUCCGUUCGUCAAUAUCAGAUGCCGAUGAUAUUGAUCAAACGGAACUGUUAAACAGUGUUCGAAGACAAUUCUGGUUAGCAGUAAUUAGUGGCACUCCAGUGGACAAAGCUUACUGGCAUUUACGAGAAAGAAAACUUCCCGAAACUUCAAUAAAAUUAGUCGCUAAACUUCUCGAAGCAUAUCGAUAA